AUGGACCGAGUACCGAAGGAAAUCCUUUCUUUGAUCGCGUCAGCAGCCGCAACAUCUGGACCUCAGAUUGAACUUGACAAGGUCUUCGAUGGCUGCUCUCUGUCCCCGUAUGCCGCAGUAUCUCGCGACUGGCAGCUCGCCUUCGAGCCUUUUGCAUUCCACACACUUGUUCUCACACGAAACAGAAUAGAUGAAGCAGAGAAGCAAGUUAUUCUUACUCAGCGACGCCUAAAUUAUGUUCGCAACAUUGCUGUUCCCAUCACAUUUCUGGAAGAAAAAAGGCGUGACAAGUUCUGUACAUCAACAAUUCAAGCACUCUUUCGGAUAUCGAAAAUGGCCCCCGAAUGA